CAUUCACAGCUAGCACUCUCAGUCAUGUCUUUCCUCACCGGUGCCAUUCGCCAAGCGGCAAAGGGCACGGCUGCCCGCCAUGCUUUGCUGAACGGACGCAGCGCUGCCGUCGCUUUUCCUCAAGGUUCGUGUGCUCGAGUCAGACGGUGGUGGGCGAGGUGGGAAAAGAUGACCAAAAAGCUGUAUCCGGCUAAGUCGAGCCGUAGGACGCCAAAUUACAACGGCAAAAAGGGGGUUUGCGAUGCGCAAUUUUCGCAGCGGGAGGACUGGCCCAAGUUGGCUCUGAUGUCCUGAAGGGUCUCGUGAGGAUGAUGACUUUCCCAUUCUUCGCACGGCAUCUCGCUGAGUCUCGAGCUUGAGCGCAAAGACUGACCACGACACCAUUUUGGCCUUUGCCGAAUCACAGUGCGAGGCAUGGCAUCCCACUCUCAUGACGACGAGACUUUCGAGUCCUUCACAGCGCGCUACACAUCCUUCUUCGAUGCCGUCGAGGAUCUGUUCGAGCUGCAAAGAGGUCUGAACAACUGCUUCUCAUACGACUUGGUUCCUGCGCCAGAGGUGAUCGAGAGCGCGCUCAGGGCCAGUCGCAGGGUGAACGAUUUCUCCACUGCUGUUCGCGUUUUCGAGGGUCUGAAGGAGAAGGUGGAGAAUGAGGGACAGUACCAGCAGUACGUCACUGCCCUCGCUGAUGUUCGCAAGGAGCUGGGCAUCAACUUGCGCGAGGAACUGUACAACAACUGAAAGCGCAUCCAUCAGGAGCGGCAGCGCAUGCAUUGACAUCGCUCGCCGUACCGUGUACCCUCACACACGUCUGUCCGCGCGACGGGGAAGUGACUCAAACGCAUCGCAAUAAACAUACAGUAGACUCAGUUUCUGCGGUGAGCUUAAUGGCGACGUUGUCGAGAAGGGGGGGACUAAAAAUGGCUCGACACCGUACGAUCAGCCUUGGACAAGAUCACGCGCGUGCACGAAGAGAUGGAGCACUCUAAUUACAAAGCAUUCACCGCAUCGUUCUUCGUCGUGCACCAUAUCUGGAACAGGAGACAAAGCUUAUCAGUGCUUGUGGCACCAUUCUCUUCAAAGAGCUUUGGCUGGUGGACCUCCGCUACCUUCGAUCGUCUUUGUGUCGAGGCCUCUUUCUUGCCUGGCGGAUUUCACAGCGG